AUGUUGACUGAUGAUAGGAAACUCAAGAUAUUUCCUUGUGUCAAAUGUGUUCCAAUAAAAGUCUCUUCAGCCAUUGGCGAAACGGAUGAUUCUUUUACACUUAGUUGUCCAUUUAAAAAAUAUAGCAUUACCUGGCCUCACUUUGGUACUGGGGCUACUGGAAUCAAUGUUAUAGGUGCAUACAUUUUAAUUAUACGCAUGAAUGUCGAGCCUGAUAAAUCAUCUGACAUGCACUUUUGGACAGAGGGAGUGAUAGGCAAGUGCUUCGUCAAUAAGACAAUUGCAGUUUUAUUCUAUGACUAUGGAGGCAAGAAAUUCCUUUUGGCAGGAAAUUCUGAUGUUUACUUCAAAGUACAUCUUGGGGAGGAGGAAUCACUCAUUAUGAAGAGCUCACAUGCAACUUUAUCACAAGGAUGCUUGGUAGGUUUCCUCAUAUCUUAUCAGGGUGCCUUUGGAAGCCUCACCCUGCGUAAAUGUAUAGCGAACUUCACUUUCUUCUUUGAGCUACCCUUAUCAGUACUUGCAGAAGGUUUGAUCAUUUCUAAAAUGGAAUGUAAUAAAGAUGACGCUAUCAAGUGUAAAGGCAUCGCCGAGAAAAAGUUAGAGAACGAGGACAUUGCCGGAGCCAAUAAAUUUGCUUUAAAGGCUCAAAGUCUAUUUCCAAAUCUCGAGGGUCUUUCUGCGUUAUUGGAGGUCAUUAACCUCUAUGUUGCCUCUCAGAAGAAAAUAAAUGGAGAAGUAGACUUGUACGGGAUUUUUGGUCUGGAUCCCUCUGUCGACGAUGACACGUUGCGUAAAAAAUACAGAAAAAUGGCUCUGGUCUUUCACCCUGAUAAAAACAAGUCCACUGGGGCUGCUGGAGCAUUCUUAAUUCUUACUGAAGCCUUUAGUGUCCUGUCAGAUAAGGACAAGAGAUCCGCGUAUAAUCUGAAGCUGAACUUAAGAGCUCCGAAUCCUCCAUUACCAACCGACAGAAACGGUUUCUGUAAUUUCACCAGCAGCUCCAGCUCUCAGAAUGUGAGGAAUAAGGCGACUGAUGCCAAGACCCAGCACAUGCCAACUCAGUCAAGGACUUCAGCUCCUGCCACCAGUUCACAUGUCAGUCCUCCACUCUUUCCAAAGAAUUCAAAAGAUGCCACUGGUGCCCAACAUGUUCCCCGUCCCAAAAAAACUAAAAAAACUGCCACCAGUUCUAGGUACGCUGCAACUCCACCGCGGCCAAGGGAUCCGAGAACUGCAACCACUGUUCACAACAUUCCCUGUCUUCUUUCAAUAGCGGCCUUUGUCAUCCGACCAAUUUUAUGCAAUCGGUUCAGCUUGAAAUUCAACUGGGACGGGGGCAGAUUCAUGUUAAUGCAGGUUAUCGGCCCACUCGUGCUUAGAACAGAAAAGCUUUAUCUGAUACCAAGGUUCUCUGAAAUCCUCAAAAUUGAAAGUAAAGAACAUCCUUUGGCAUCUGAUGUAAGCUCAUGUGUUUCGUGGGAUGGCUUUGGUGCUGACAACUCAUGUGUUUCGUGGGAUGACUUUGGUGAUGACAACUCAUGUGUUUCGUGGAAUGGCUUUGGUGAUGACAACUCGCGUGUUUCGUGGGAUGUGUUUGGUGAUGACAGCUCAAAAAUGCGCGUCUUGUUUGCAGAAGCAAAUACGAUAAUUUCUAAAAUGGAAUUCAAUAAAGACGAGGCUAUUAGAUUUAAAGCUAUUGCAGAGAAGAAAUUAAAAAAGGAGGACAUUGCUGGGGCCAAAAGAUAUGCUUUAAAGGCGGAAACUCUAUUUCCUUCACUCGAUGGUCUCUCUCAGCUCCUUGAGGUCAUUAAUUUCUAUGAUGGCUAUGAGAAGAAAAUAAAUGGAGAAGUAAACUGGUACGGGAUUCUUGGUGUCGACCACUUGGCUGACAUGGACACCUUGCGUAAAGCUCACCAAAGAAUAGCUGUGGCUCUACAUCCUGAUAAAAACAAGUCCUUUGGGGCCGAAGAAGCAUUCAAACUUCUUUCUCAAGCACAGAGUGUGCUGUUUGAUAAGGGAAACAAACUAGUGUAUGAUAUGAAGCUAAAUUUCAGAGCUCACCAGAGGGUUUCAGUUGGAAAUCCCCCAUUUCCAGCGGAUAUAUAUAGUUUUGGGAAUUUCACCAGCUGCUCCAGCUCUGCUACGAAUAUGACAGCUUCUGGCAAUGCCCAGAACGGGCUAAUGUGCCCAAGGAAUCCAGCUACCACCACAGGUUCACAUUACAAUCCUCCUCCACUCUGGCCAAGGUAUCAGUCAACAGCCUUUGGUGGCCAACACAUUCCCACUUAUCAAACUACUCCAGAAACAGCCACCUGUUCUCAGUAUGUUCUCACUCCACCCUGGCCAAGGGAUCCAACUGCUGCCAGUGGUUCCUGGCACAUGACUCCAGAAGCAGCCGCCAUUUUUUAUCAUGUUAAUAGGGUCCAGUCAGUUGUUCAGAGUCUCAAGAUAGGGUGCAAAGAGGCAGCGGCCCAUGCAAUUUCAUUUGGAAAUCUAAAGGGCAGUGUUGGAGCCAAAAGAGUUACUUCAUCUAGUGACCAGUCCAUAAGCACGAAGGAGUUGUCUCGAUCUGAAAUCCGUACCAUGCUGAUGGGUAAGGCCAAGACAGAAAUCCUUGAGAAGCUGAACCAGUGGAACAUAGCUCCUGAAUUGGAAUCUGCAAAUAAGACAGGCAUGAACAUGGAAAAGGAGAAGCCAUCAGCUGUUAAUGAUCUGAAGAAUAAUAAAAAUAAAGGUGCUGUGCUUCUUGGUUCGAGAAAGACAUCCCAGCCUCAAGAUUCUUACAUGGGUGAUGGCACUGGUGAGCUAAACGCAAGCGUUGAAGAAACUGUGUUGAUGAGUGUGCCAGAUGCAGAUUUUUGCAAUUUCGACAAGGACAGAGUAGAGGCAUCUUUUUCUGGAAAACAAGUUUGGGCUCUGUAUGAUGAUGACGAUGGCAUGCCACGUUACUAUGCACUGAUCCAUGGCGUGAUGUCUAGAAAGCCAUUCAAGUUGCAGAUUAGUUGGCUGAACUCAAAAAGCACUGCUGAAUUUGGCCCCCUCAACUGGGUAUCUUCUGGAUUUACCAAAACAAGUGGUUAUUUCAGAGUUGGAAAACCUCAAGUUAAUAAGAGUUUAAUAUCUUUCUCGCAUCAGGUUAAGUGGAGAAAAGGUGCAAGAGGGGCAAUCGAGAUUUAUCCAGCAAAGGGAGACGUUUGGGCUUUGUAUAGGAACUGGUCCGUGAAUUGGAAUGAAUUCACUGAAGAUGAGGUGAUACAUAAAUAUGACGUGGUGGUAAUUGUUGAAGAUUACAAUGAAGACAAAGGUGUCGUUGUCUCUCCUUUGAUAAAAGUUGCUGGCUUCACGUCAGUAUUUUGCCAAAAUUUGGACCUAAUAGAAAUUUAUACAAUUCCAAGAGAAGAGAUGUUUCGAUUCUCUCAUCAGGUCCCAUCCUACAAGCUAACUGGUCGCGAAGCUCCAAAUGUUCCAGAGGAUAGCUGGGAUCUGGAUCCUGCUUCUCUCCCUAUGGAACUUCUUCAACUCGUGACAGUAUCCAAGGAGACAGAUGGAAGCAGUGAGGCAAAGAAAGAAUCAAGCAGCAGGGGUAACGCCAAUACAGAGGGUGGAGUAGCUUCUGAAAAUGCCAAGCAUGGUUCCUCAGAACCAUUUUUGAAAUAUUCAAGAAGAGGCAAGAAAAUGAAGAUGGCCGGAGAUGCUGAUCAUGCUAUGUAG